AUCUUCUCGCAACACAACAAGGCCAAAUCCAAAAUGUUAAAAUCCCAUUCCAAGCCCAAUCAACCAAUGGAAAAUUGUCUUUUCCCCUUUCAAAACCCUAGCUGUCCUCUUGUCCACUGUCUCUAUAUAUAUCAAACCAAGUUGCUCAAGGAGAGUCUGUCCAGCUGCUAUUCUCAUACUCGACUCAAGAGAGGGCUCUUCGUCGCCGCCGCCACCACAGUCGCUAGGGUUCAUUCAACCUCUCUAUUCCAAGGUGGUAAGCAAUCUAACAUCGUCGGAAAUUUGGCGUUUAGAUCUGAUAUUGGGAAGAACUGGUUUCUCUGCAAUUCCCACGUCUUGGUUGAAGGAGUUGACUUUGAGAACUGCAUCAUUGAACCUACUCAUGUAAUUCUUCAGGGAUUCUCCGUCCCUCUGUUUAACUCGUAUCAGUUCAGAAGUAGUUUUCCUGCUCAACCUUAUGCUGGAAAACUUUGUGGCAAAAAAGGCAUGGAGGUGAUCAUCGAGGUCUUUCGUCCCAUCAUAUGUUUCGAGCUGAGGAAUUUUGAAGCCAGUGGGAUAAGGUUCCAAUGUGAUGUUGGUGUUCAGAGGAUGAGGUGGAGGUUGUUGAGCUGGGGCUACGUGAGACUAGCCCUGAGACUCACUAAGGAUGAUCAACAUGAGGGAACAUAUUUGGGAUUUGAGGUGGAAGCUGAGGUGGAAGGUUGGUGGGGAGUUGACCUUGUCCAAGGGGUUGAGAUUGAUUUCCAGCUCGAACUGAUCGAGUGUUAACCACGAUGAGAGAGCAACAAGAGAGCUUUCAGUUUGGAUUCCCACAGACGGCGCCAAUGUAAUUGCACCAAACCAGAAGUCCUUCUUCAGUCUGUGUCUUUACUUCGGAUGAACCUGCAAAGCCCCGAGGUGGAUCAUCGGGGUAGACACUCCGAUGCUUAAGUCAGCAAUAAUCGGGUCUAUCUCUGAACUAAUGAAAAAAAGAGCUUUAA